CGAAGUGUCAGUAUCAGCAUGAAAAGUCCAGAUGUAUGGAGCAGCUUUUCCUUAGGUUGUGAAGUUCAUUCGUCACGUGGGACUUGAUAUUUUAACGACAGUGAGCAAUGUUGCUUGGCGCUGCUUUCGACGUUUCGAGCGCAGCGUAUGAGUUGUCGACGGUGGUGACGGACGUGAUCCUCAACUACGAGUACAUCAACCGCAACUGGAUCGAAGAGUACAUCCUGUCCAUCGUGUUUCUCGUUGUGAAUGGUAUCGUCAUGGGGUUCGUGGGACUUGGUAUUGAUAAAUUGUAUGGAGAUCGCUUCUCCAGCAACACGUUGGUCAACAAGAUGCUCGGCUUCUGUAUUGGGCUACUUCAAAUGCGCGUAUUCAUCGAGACCAUCUACGCGGCUGUUGCGAGUAUUAAGAGCGAGAGUGGCAAUAAGCCUGCGCAAGACGACACAUACCCAGGCAAUAGCGCAGGCAAUUCAUUGACGCACACGGCGGGUGGACACACUGUAGCUGAAGAGGCGACAGAAGGCGUCAGUGGACAUGCCAAGCAGCUGGAACAUGGACUAUUGUAUGCAAUGUUCGUUCAGGUUAUCGUGCGUGAUAUUCCGCUGUUCGUACUGCAAGCGAAUGCCACUAUUCACUACCGCAAGUGGAAGUUUAUCGAUCUCUUCACAGUCAUCUCGACAUUCAUCACGCUGACGCGCGGCACAACUGCGUACGUUGCAAAAGAAGACGGCAACGGGAUGAAGCUCUUGGCUUUCGUGUUUCUUGUAGGGCAGUUCGUGUUCCGCUUGGGAGCGAUUUUGCUUCUGGCCAUGACCAAGGGCUUUGCAAUCCUUGUAUACGGGAUCGUGAUCACAAUGUUUGCCAUCCUCUGGACUGCCAACCUUCGCUUGGCGCACACAAGUCCCCGCUUCAUCGACCAGUUGCCUCGCGCGAUCGUCUUCUUCCCGUUCUUCACACUUUUCGUCGUCGAUGGCUCGAGGCUGACUGCUCGGUACGGAUCAGCACUUCCUGCUCUUCGUAGCGAGAAACUCUUGCAUCUCCAACUUUGGCGGUGUCUAGAGAACGUCGUUGGAAUCCUCCUCGCCAUCUUCCUCCCACGCUACACUGACUUCGGAGUCAGCUCCGACUCCAUCGUAGCGUUGAUUGGCGUGAUCUGCGCCGGCAUUUACGUAGCAGCGACUGCUGCGUUCUUCCUCGCUUCUGAGUGCUGUGUAAAGCGUGAUAACGCAGAGGCCACUAACGGCGAAUCUGUUGAGAUACCUUACUACCUACGAAAUGCUACAACUUCGUAAGCAUCAAUCAAAACACUUUCGCAAACGACCGUUUUAACUAUUGUCGGCCAUGUCUUUGACCACUUCAGCUAAUCCAUUUCCACUUAUCAAACUCUUGGUGGUGAG